GGGGCGCCCAGUUGGCGUCACCAGGACAACGGGCGUUGCCGGCGCCGUGUGACUCUGGGCUGUGGGCGCGCCUGUGGCUCUUCGGCCAUGGUUUUCUCAAAUAAUGAUGAAGGCCUUAUUAACAAAAAGUUACCCAAAGAACUUCUUUUGAGAAUAUUUUCCUUCUUGGAUAUAGUAACUUUGUGCCGAUGUGCACAGAUUUCCAAGGCUUGGAAUAUCUUAGCCCUGGAUGGAAGCAACUGGCAAAGAAUAGACCUUUUUAACUUUCAAACAGAUGUAGAGGGUCGAGUGGUGGAAAACAUCUCAAAGCGAUGCGGUGGAUUCCUGAGGAAGCUCAGCUUGCGAGGUUGCAUUGGCGUUGGAGAUUCCUCCUUGAAGACCUUUGCACAGAACUGCAGAAACAUUGAACAUUUAAACCUCAAUGGGUGCACAAAAAUCACUGACAGCACGUGUUACAGCCUUAGCAGAUUCUGUUCCAAGCUGAAACAUCUGGAUCUGACUUCCUGUGUGUCCAUUACAAACAGCUCCUUAAAGGGGAUCAGUGAGGGCUGUCGGCACCUGGAGUACCUGAACCUGUCAUGGUGUGAUCAGAUCACGAAGGAUGGCAUCGAGGCCCUGGUGCGGGGUUGUCGCGGCCUGAGAGCCCUGCUGCUGAGGGGCUGCACGCAGCUAGAAGACGAAGCUCUGAAGCACAUUCAGAAUUACUGCCAUGAGCUUGUGAGCCUCAACCUACAGUCCUGCUCACGCGUUACGGAUGAAGGCGUGGUGCAGAUUUGCAGGGGCUGCCACCGGCUGCAGGCCCUCUGCCUGUCUGGCUGCGGCAACCUCACGGAUGCCUCCCUCACAGCCCUAGCCUUGAACUGCCCAAGACUUCAGAUCUUGGAGGCUGCCCGAUGUUCCCAUUUGACUGAUGCAGGCUUUACACUUUUAGCUCGGAAUUGUCAUGACCUGGAGAAGAUGGAUCUCGAAGAAUGCAUCUUGAUAACCGACAGCACACUCAUCCAGCUCUCCAUUCACUGUCCUAAACUGCAAGCCCUGAGCCUGUCCCACUGUGAGCUCAUCACGGAUGAUGGGAUCCUGCACCUGAGCAACAGCCCUUGCGGCCACGAGAGGCUGCGGGUGCUGGAACUGGACAACUGCCUCCUCAUCACUGACGUGGCCCUGGAGCACCUGGAGAACUGUCGUGGCCUGGAGCGCCUCGAGCUGUACGACUGCCAGCAGGUCACCCGCGCGGGCAUCAAGCGGAUGCGGGCCCAGCUCCCUCAUGUCAAAGUCCAUGCCUACUUUGCUCCUGUCACCCCGCCGACAGCAGUGGGAGGAAGUGGACAGAGGCUAUGCAGGUGCUGUGUCAUCCUCUGACAGCAGCUGCCCAGCCCAGGGCUUCACGAGGUGUCCCUUCCUCCCGAGGACCCGAGUCUUUCUGACGUAGUCCACCAUCAUCCAAAUCUGUUGAUUCUCCAUUGGGAAAGGCAUUUACAGGUAAAAGACUUCUGCAGGGACUGCAGUAACUCUCGUGAUAGUUUUUACCUUUAUUCUGCUGUGAUGCAAUCAAUUCGAAGCCUUGUGUCAAUUACCACAGGGCAAGAGUGGUCAUAGUGCAGCCAGGACCACGCAGGAGCCCUGGAUCUCUAGAGGUGGGUGCCUCCCUCGGUACAGGACUCCUGCCCUUGGCUUUGUCAGCAUUCCUCGAACAGACCAUUAGUGUUAGCACAAAUUGAGCAGAAAAAUAAGCUGUUGAUUUUCUACCUGAUACUUCAGCCAGUGGCCUACUUUUAUUCACAACGAUUCCAUUUUGAUUAGCAGGACUUUUCCACUUUGAAGAUUAAAUAGCAACUUUAUCAAAGUGACUAUACUGCAAAUUCAUAAUGCCUGACAGUUUUCUAUGUAGCGACUUACGUGGAAGGCAAGUUAAUAGGUUUCCAUGAGACACCAAAGAAUGAGGACUCUAAACAGGGUGAAGCAAGGUCUUCACCUUUCUGUUUCUGUCAACUUGUCAUAUAUCCUUUUGGGGACCAAAAACUAAACAAAAGCAACUCAGUUUGUGUUGCCUGAUUGGAAAUCAUAAGCUCUGGCGUAGGCUGUGGCACAUAAUGUGUUGUUGUUAUAGAAAAGCUGAUCAUGUCAUGUCUCACAAACUUUGGGGGACCUUAAAGAAACAGAAUUAAGGCUCAAGUUAUCUAUAAUAUAAUCAAUUAAAAAUAAUGGAUGCAUGUAGAAUGGGUGUGAUUUUUUUCCAAGUUUAUUUUAAAAUCUUAGAAAUCAAGUUACACCAGGACUAUUCAAAAAUUUUACACACUUAAAACUAAAAUCAGUAAAGUGUUGGCACCUUUGAGACUUAUAUAAAAAUGAAUAAACCACUGCAAUGCUUAAGCCAGAGGGUUUUAUUGCUAUUAUCUCAUGGCAGACAAAUCUGAGCAAAUCCAUCUUCCAAAUUCAGGCGUUCCUAAUGUUACCUGAAAUCUGAUAAGAUGAUCUGGUUUCUGCUCUGUGCUGUCCACAUUUGUGACCUUUACUGCAUCUCUGUGUUAAUGGUAGCCAACCCUUCUUAGUAACCACGCCCCAAACUGAAGAGCCCAGAGCUCACGAGAAUCUGAGGGAAACAGCAAAAACGAGAAAUUUCCCCAUGACGAGCAAUACUUCUAAUUGGGUUACGGUUCUAUUAGGUGGAGAGUUUUAGAAGCAUUUAGGAUACAAGGCCUCAGCUGCAUUCUGGGGAGAGAAGGCAAAUAGAUGGAUAUACAACUCUAUAAAUCAAUCAACAGGAUUAUCAGAAUAAGCAUUAAAGUCCUGAUGAUUCUGCUGCCUUAUUGUGUGUAUACCAUAGCAGUUAUCUAAAUAUACAUUUACACCACUGUGUGGGGGAAAAAAUGGCUGUUGCAAGGAAGCUAUGAAUAUAGUUUCUAUUUUAAAAAUUUAAAUGACCAUGGGCCUUCUAUACAUUAUCUCUUUUGAGCCCGGACACAACCUCUCACAGCUGCUGGACUCUGGCUGAAUGACGUUGGACCACAUCUACAAAACAGGAGAACCUCUGUUAAGAAAAAUCAGGUUUGCUUCCCCUUUAAGUGUGGCUCAGUCACUGGAUAAGCUGUCCUCAGUUUGCAUCAGCUUUGAGGAAACAAACUGAAAACACACACUCCCAUCAGCUCUUAUAACAACAUUGGGACUGGUGUGUACUCAGAACAUACACAGUGAACUCCUUGAUUCUAUGACAUGAGGUGACACACUGGCAGGAACUUGGAUUUUAAAUGAGACACACAUUUGCAAAACAAUCGGAAAACAUUUAUUAUACUGAAAUGUGUACAUCCUACUAUUAAAAAAACAAAGUAGCAAAUUUGCUGGUGCCAUAAUUUAACCUGUUUCACUGGGACAGACUAAUGUGCUGCUUGGUGUCAUUUCAAGUUUGAUGAGCUUUAAUUAUUUUUACCCCACUUGUAAAACCUGAUGAGGAAUUCAAAAUAGCACACAGCAUUAAAAAUGACAUUUAUUGUUCCAUAAAUCUUGAGACUCAAAAAGGAAUGCUAAAUAGACAAGCAAAACUCUAAACAAUUAAUUAAGAGAGAAGCUCACUUCUUUCCCAAGUGACUGGUACAGAAAACAUGUGGUCAUACAAAAGCAAAGGGAAAAUGACGGACAGGAAAGCUCUCCUGCUUUAGGGUCUAUACAAGUUGUUAUGGAUAUUUUCAAACCAAAGAUGGAAUAUUUAGAGACAUUACUUUUUCAUAUCAAAUAACCCCCUUUAUGAAUAAAACAUAAAAUGCCAAAGCUUUCACCCACUGAAGUAGUUUUGUCUUCUGGGAGAGAUUUUAAACUCAAAAUUACCCAUUCUUAUUUCUGCCUGAACAAAGAUAAGGAUCAAAUAAUACACUCAAAACCAAGACACUGGGUAAACGGACAGAGAUGGUAUAAUUAAAAUGGAAUCGAAGUUUGAAAAGAAAAUUGUGUCUAGUACACCACAGGCCUCAAAUGCUUGCUGAUGAAUUUUGGGAAGGCUUCGGGUGAAGGGAAGAGAUAAUAAUGAUUGAUUGAUUGAUAGUAGAAAAAAUUGCAAAAACAGUGAUUCCCUUUGGAAAGUAUACUGGCCAACAAGCAUUGGUUUUGUGAAAGAGGCACUCUUUUUAUAGAAAAAGAAGCUAUUAUGUGGUGUAUAAAAAAGUCCCUAAAUAAUCACCAGAAUGUUACCCGUGAUUGUACUAAAGCUCCAUAUUAGAGAAAUGUGAGGAAUUUUGAUGGUACAAUAUAGUGUUUGUGAUGUCUAGUGUUCCACAAAUAAAUUUCAACUCUUGAUAAUGAAGACCCCUUAACACCAAGUCAGAAACUAUCACACUGUUUUCUCCUGCUUAGGUGUAUUUCCAAUGUUGGGGACAGGUCUUUAAAAAAGUUCAACAACAGUAUGGUGCAGGGUGGGGUGGGUGGUCAGAGACAGAGAGAGGGAGGAAAAGGAGAAAGACAACCACAUGAGUUUAAAAGGCAUUGGGGCUUCAAAAAUGAAAACCAAAAUGCUAAAAACGGAAGCAGAAGCAAAAAGUUUUUCAAUAAAUCUGUGACAAAGCAAAAACACAAAAGUCUUUGUACCUAUUAGGAUUUACACUGAUCCUCUCACCAAGGUACUCUUGAUAAUGCAGUUUGCUUCACGCCCCUCUUCCUGGCUUGGGGCUUCUCCGAUCUGGCAUGAUCAUGGCAGAUGCGCACCCUUAGACAUGAUUUUUUCCAAGAAGGCGCCAAGCCUCUCCCCUGACCAGUGAUCGGCCCGUAUCAGCGCCGGCCUCCCACUCUCCACACGUGGAUUUGGCACUGGCCCCGCAGCAGCCAGUGCCCCCCCACCCCGACCCAGGUCAGCAUAAGGUCCCGGCAGCAGAAGCUGAACUGGCCCAGAAAGGUAAAUGCCCACAGUACGUCUUUACAUUCAUUUCCAAACCGCAUACAGUGUAAAAAGACAGCGAAGGCUGCUUCUAGGGACUGUGUCUACUGGCCUCUGGCAGAGAAGCAGGCGGCCUACCUGCACCGGGGCCCGACGUGCUCACUGUCCCGGGCCAAGGCCGAGGCAGUGAAGCGAAGGAGACGUGCCUCUCAUCCAGCUUGUGAGAAGGGUCAUCCUGUGUUUUCAAUAUGAAACAUUUCAUACGGUAAAAUCCAAUCCCAAGACUUCUUGGAUUCAGUCUUCACACACUUUUAAGCGUAACUUUAACUGGUGCUGAAUAGAGUUCAGACUACGUCAAGACGUCACUUCAAAAUUAUGUGGACGCCACCGCCGUUUUCAGCU